AUGAAUCCUCAGCGAGGAAUUCUUUUUGCCUGUCUUCUCGUCGUUGUGACCAAUCGUGGAGCUACUGCUCAACAUGCAAUUGUGCAAGGCACUCCGUCAGACAAAUGUGAAAACCCUUCCGUCAACAUCGCAACUACGGAGGCCCAAAAAUCGUCACAACAGCGGAGGCAGCAGCCAACUCAACCAAGGCAGCCCAACCCAACUCAGCCACCGGUCCAGUUGUUCUCCUCACCAUUGUGGCAGUUACUAUGA